AUGGUGCAAAUUACUUUGUUCUGUGCGAUCGUUGGUGCACGCGAAAGUGUUUUCCCCGUGGACAUCGACACAGAUGAAAUCGUGGGUCAUCUGAAAACCGAGAUUCGAGACAAGAGCGCAGUGCUGAAACAGCACGCUGUUAUAGACCUGCACCUCUUUCUCGCAAAACGGGAUGGGGCGUGGCUGCCCGAUAACAGUGAUCUGGAUGACGUGGUUCAGACCAAAGGAUGUCUUGAUUAUAUGGAGAGGAUGCGCGUGUCGCAUCCGUUGGGAGAUCCCAAUCUGUUUGGUCCUGGUGUUUCUCUUGGAGAAGGGGUCGUUCACGUGCUAGUAGUGCUUCCAUCGGUUUUGCGUAAACCGCCAAGUAAACCAGUUGCUGUGCUACUUAAAUAUUGCGGGGUCACUUUAGAAGUCAUUGAAAAGAUGUUGAAUCCGCCACUUCUGGUCGAUUUUUGGAACGCUUUGCGAACGGAUACUACUGAGAUCGCAGAGAAUGCCAUGAUCGCAUUACCAGAAGGAACAUUUAUUCUUGGGAAGCCGUCCCUUGGCUCUCGUAUUUACAUUCGUCAUUGCUACCCGCGACUGUGGCAUGUUUGUUGGCAUGCUUUACACCGCGCGGAGGAUGAAAAAUCUCGUCUUGUGAUCCUCGGUAACCCGGGAAUCGGCAAAACGUAUUUUGGCUACCUGGUCUUGCUGUAUCUUGCCCAUCGUAGAGCUACAGUGGUGUAUGAGAAUGCCACGAAGAGGUUUUUGUUCUGUGGCGAAGUGGUGGCUAUCGGAUCACGGACGGAUUUCGAUCGCGUUCUGGACCAGUCUGAAGCGUUUUACGUUGUAGAUGGCGUCGAGCCGUCGAGCUGUGAAGCAAAGACAAUUCUUAUCACGUCGCCGCGCCGAGACGUUUGGUGCCAUUUUUCCGACGGAAACUGCGCAACGCUUUUCAUGCCAGUGUGGACAAAGGAGGAGAUUUUCACGUGUCGCGAGCUGAUGUACCCGCAUACACCAGUGACGGUCGUGGAAGAAUGUUAUCGUCGAUGGGGCGGCAUUGCACGCUAUGUCUUGCGCCAUGCUGAGGAUCCGCAACAACAGGGAUUGCUCAGUGAAGCCAUUGCGAGAGUUCAAUUGAAGGCGAUUCUAGGCGCGAGCGUUGAAUCAUGCGGGGAUGAAGGUGUGCUAUCCCAUGCUCUGAUUCACUUUCGUGUCGACUGCGAGUUUUCCAAAGAGUGCUUUGCCUUCGCAUCGAAAUAUGUCACCGAUGGAGUGUACGCGACGCUGUAUAAGCGGAACAAGAAGGAACUAAUGAAGUUUCUUGGUACUUCCCAUCGACUUCGCAAUCAUGCAGCGUACCGUGAAGCUUUGUUUGAGACACACGUGCACAUAGAGCUAUCGCAAGGUGGAAAUUUUCGAGCUCGGCGUCUGACCGAGGGCCCGAAAGGUUAUGCUGGAGGUGGAAACCAGAAUGAGAGCAAGGUCGAUUUCAAGGCGUGGGAUAUCGUGAAGCUGCGUCCGCGUUCAUCUCUCUUGUUCCGGCGAGUCAGCCAAGUGGCCCACGCCGAUCCGUCAAUAUACCUGCAGCCAGCCUCCAGCAAUAUCACAUCAGUGGAUGCGAUGGCUAAGCCUAAUGAGCUGUUCCAGGUGACUUGUGCAUCAAUGUACCCAUGUGAACGGAAAGGGCUUCGCGAGGUUCUACAUCUGCUUGGAGAUCCUGCUACACCGCGUUUAUACUUUGUAGUACCGCCCAAUGUGUUCAACGGUUUUGACUCCAACCAGUGUGCAAUCUGGAGGAACAAAAUGGAGAAGGUUUGCCAAAACGUGGAGGUGCAGCGAUAUGUCUUGGAAGUCAGAUGCGCUCGCAAGAAGAAGUAG